AUAAACGAUGCGUUUAUGCAAGAUAUCCCUGGCAGCACGGUACAUCGAAUUACGGAGUCAGUCGUGGUUGGCCUCCAGCUAGCUCCGUUGUUUGACUGAAGAAUCACCAUCUAGUCAUGACACGGCAGAAAUAGAAUUCAGGUUUGAAGUCAACGAAGAAUUCACAACCACGACGCCCUGCAUCGCCACGUGCCCCUCUGGGUCCCACCUCGAAACCACAAUAAUCCCCAAAAUUCUAUCCUCUCCCUUUUACCGAUUCGGAACCAAACAAAGCCCUAGCAUGAAAUCAUCCUUCGAAGAAAAAUAAUUCCAAUCAAUCCUAGAAUCCAAUCCCUCCCCUUUGAAUUUGAUGCCUCCUCGCAUUCAAUUCCACGCUCUGGUGGCAUCAUCAUCAUGGAUCGUGGUAAUAACAACAAUAACGGCGUUGUUGUUGUUGUCGUUUGGGUGCGAACGGGGACACGCUCUGAAGGUGCCGUUUAGAGUAAACGACGUGCUCCCCGUGCUGCCGCGCGAGAUCUCGUGGCCGGUUCUGAACAACCUGCACAGCGCCGUCGACCUGCUCCCUUAUUUCGUUGGGUCCCUCACUCCUGCCAAUGCCUCCGUCAAGUGGAAAGGGGCAUGCUUCUUCGAUAACACCGCCAAGAUUGAGUUCGCACCCUCUUUGGAGGGUGCCACUCUCUAUCUCAAGACAGAGGCUGCACAUAGCUGGACCUGCAUGGAUUUGUAUGUUUUUGCAACACCCUACAGGAUUACUUGGGACUACUACUUCUCUUCACGAGAACAUACCUUGAAGUUUGACUCGUGGGAAGAGCCUGCAGAGUUGGAAUAUGUGAAGCAGCAUGGGGUUUCUGUGUUUCUCAUGCCAUCCGGGAUGCUUGGAACUCUGCUUUCUCUGAUUGAUGUUUUGCCUUUGUUCUCGAACACUGGUUGGGGUCAGAAAGCCAACCUGGAUUUUCUGAAGAAACACAUGGGAGCUACAUUUGAGAAGCGCAGCCAGCCUUGGCGUGCAUAUAUAGAUCCUGCAGAUGUUCAUUCAGGAGACUUCUUAGCUGUGUCGAAGAUCCGGGGUAGGUGGGGAGGUUUUGAGACGCUAGAAAAGUGGGUUACUGGUUCAUUCGCUGGUCAUACUGCGGUUUGCUUGAAGGAUGAAUGGGGCAAUUUAUGGGUUGGUGAAUCAGGGCACGAGAAUGAAAAGGGUGAAGAAAUAAUAGUGGUAAUUCCCUGGGAAGAAUGGUGGGAAUUGGCUCUUAAGGAUGAUUCCAAUCCACAGAUAGCCUUACUUCCCCUGCAUCCAGAAAUACGAGCAAAAUUUAACUCCACUGCAGCAUGGGAAUAUGCCCGGAGCAUGUCUGGCAAGCCAUAUGGUUAUCACAAUAUGAUAUUCAGUUGGAUUGACACUGUAGCAGACAACUAUCCUCCACCUCUUGAUGCUCACUUGGUAAUUUCUGUCAUGUCUAUGUGGACUAGAUUGCAGCCAGCUUAUUCGGCAAAUAUGUGGAAUGAAGCAUUGAAUAAGCGGUUAGGGACUGAGGGUUUGGAUUUGCAUGAUAUUUUAGUAGAGACUGAGAAGCGUGGGAUACCUUUUGAUGAAUUACUCACCAUUCCAGAACAAGACGAAUGGGUAUACAGUGAUGGAAAGUCGACAACUUGUGUUGCCUUUAUCCUUUCUAUGUAUAAAGAGGCUGAAGUUUUUGGUCCCAUUGCUAAUUCCAUUCAAGUAACCGAGUUCACCAUUCGCGAUGCAUACAUGCUCAGAAUUUUCGAGGACAACCAAACACGCCUACCAAGUUGGUGCAACAAUGAGAAUGACCGGAUUCCAUUCUGUCAGAUUCUUGGUGAAUACAAGAUGGAACUGCCUGGCUAUAACACCUUGGAGCCAUAUGCCAACAUGAAUGAGUAUUGCCCUUCUCUUCCUCCAACUUAUGAUAGGCCUUCUCGAUGUUAGAUACAUCUUCUUCCAUCGUUUCUAUCAUUUUGAAUUGCCUGUUAAAUUUAACUUAAGGCAUCAAGUACUUUGGUGUUCUAAAAUUGUCUAUAAACCAUUCAACACGGCAUUGUGUAUCUACAGCUUGAUGGUCAACUAUAAAAAAAAACACAGUACAAGAUUGAUAUUUAAUUAGCAUGAAGGUAAGCUAACUGCUUGAAUAAUCGUCAUUAUAUGAGCUACAAAGUUCAUAUGGUGAUGUUGAGUGGUUUGGCCUUAAUCUAAA